CGUGCGGGUGCAAGGACACGUCACAAAAAUAUUAAUAUAAACAUAAAAGUGCGUUUCAGUCCAGCACACGGUUCUCUGUGUAGGAUUUCAUCAACUUUGCAACCAUGCAAUAUUCCCGCUACUCAUGCAAUUAAUGGGAAUUAUAAACGCAAGCUUUUGGAUCAGGGCAUUGAAGAAAUUGUAUCUUGGAGAACCAUUUCCACACUGCAAGGCCAAGCAUCACACAUGUCAAGGCUGAUUCUGGUCGCUGGCCUACUUAAAUGGACUUCAAGUUGUUGAUGGGGUGAAGAUUACAUUUUUUUAAAGAUCAACUGGUCUCUGACAAUCAUUUAAGCAAUUUUUGAACCAAAGAACCAAAAUCAGAGGUCCUUUCUUUCAAAUUGAUAACAAGCCAGAGACUAUUACAAACAUUCACCUUAAACUUUGCAAGAGAUGUUGAGACUGUCAUAGGCAAAAUUCAAGACAUAAUCAGACAUAAUCAUGCAUCUGGAGGUCAAGGUUGCGUUGAACUUCAUCGUGUCAUACUUGUACAACAAGCUUCCACGCCGGAGGGCGGAUCUCUUUGGUGAGGAGUUGGAACGUAUAUUAGUGUCCCGUUUUGAAGGACACUGGUAUCCAGAGGUACCUUUACGUGGUUCUGCCUUCCGCUGUCUUAACCUGGGGGGUCAUAGGGACCCGGUGGUGGAAUUAGCAGCCAAGAGGAGCGGUCUGGACACUGAAGAAGUCCAUGCUAAUGUUCCCCCUGAGCUCAGCAUUUGGAUAGACCCUUAUGAAGUGUCCUACCAGAUUGGGGAGAAGGGUGCAGUGAACGUUCUCUACAUGCAGGACUCGCCAGGUUUAAGGGAUGACGGUGAAAGGUCUGAUGAUGCGGAUGCACCCAAUAAAGGAGACAUUGAGUUCGAGGAAUUGAAAAGUCUGGGCUUUAACCCAGAGGCUCAGGUGUUUGUGCCCAUUGGUGGCCAGGCAUCGCCUGUCUUGCUACCGCCACACUCCAGCUCACCGACCCCAAUCUCUACCUCAUCUUGCCAGGGGCUGUUUGGUUAUGCUGCCCCCAGCACUCCCACCAAUCUCAGUGCUCAUUCCUCCAACCCUUCCACCCCGUCGCCACCCAAUGCAGCCCUUGUAUACCCACACCCUGCAGCUCCACCCAGCUCCUGCCCUGCUCAGGUAUUAACCUUCACCACAGCCAGCUUCGCCGCAACAAAAUUCGGCUCUACGAAGAUGAAGAAGAACAACUGUGGAAGUUCUGUAGGUUCUGGUGUAGUCGUCACUCCGCAACAAAGGCUGGUUACACACUCCCCUAACACCAUCUCCCCACCAGGGCUGGUCAAGCACAAACCCCUUUCCAUAGCCGUGCACUCCCUGGUUAACCCCAUCCCUAGCCAACUGUCUCCCAAUGCCAAAGAGUUUGUGUUUCCCCCUUCCCAGAGGCCCCUCUACUUUGAUGCAGAAGUAAUGCCUAUGACCCCACUCCAGGCUCUGCCCACACAUGCCUCCUUUGAUCCAUUCUCAAGCCCACCACCAGGCCAGGCUGUGAGAAUCAUUGGAGGCACCAGUGGGAUUUCCUUUAUGGAUAAACCUCCAUUUGUGGAAGGGCUUGGAGGAUACAAUUUGCAGUAUUCUGGCCAGGCUUUCCAGCCUGUUGUGUUGGCCAACUAAAGAGUCUCAGAGUUGAAGAUCCCAAUGCUGAAACACUUUCCUUUCAGGACCUUUUUUCCCCUCACAGAUUGUUGUUACUACCAUAGUGAAAAAGUAUUAUGAAUACUUAUUGAGUAUUACUUGUGAUUGUUGCUUUUCCAUUUGUAAUUUUUUGUUCCUUGAUGUUAUUACUUUCUAAACUUUGAGUAACCAGCCUCCUGUUGCACCGGUAUUGUUGCUUUCAUUGAUUCUUGAUUGGGGUGUCCAUUGCCCAAAUCUUUGUCUCCAUAGUCUGAUGCUCUUCAGGUCUAUGCUUUCUAAAUACUAAUGAUUUAAUGAACUCUGGAUAAAAGCUAAUAUUUUUUCAGAAAAGUAUAGGAAGCUAGAUGCAUAUAAGGGAAUAGAGCUGAUGGAAAGUGAAGAUUACAGUCCCAUUAACAGUCCGGUCACACCUAAUUGGUCAUAAUUAAGGAUCUAUGGUAAUUUUAUGACACGUUCUCCGAACCAACGCAAGUCACAUGCUCUUGAGCUGAUAAGAGGCAGCACAUGCUUUUCAUUGUGAAUAAACUGAGCCAAAUUCUAAUGACACCAACCAGUGUUUAAACUUGACAUUUCUCACAUCAUUGUAAUGCAGAGUUGGAUUGAAGUUUUCAUUCUCACAAAUCUUGUGAAUUAAUUUCAGAGGAAGGACACAAGGCAGAAUGAUUUAUGGAGGGUUGUUUGUGAGUCUGAUUGUUUUUUCUUCUCUAAUACUUACUGGUUCUUGGCCAGCAGUGCAUGAAGGUGACUGGGAGGUGCUGGAGAUAUUGAUAAACGGCUGAAUGUGUGAUGAGAUGGGACAAAACAAUGGUGGAAGUGUUGAUGCAGAGAGGCUCAGAUUAGCUUUACAGCACUGAGACCGGUGUUAAAUUGUUACAUUGUUCUUUUUACUUUAAUCCAGAGGUUGUCAACUGUAGUAUGGAGGAGAUUCUACAGUGAAAAUGUCACACUUUUGUUUCCUUUAGAGCAAGUACUUCGAAUGUUACCUCAUAUUCUGACUACAUUGGCUGUGUUUUGUGAAGUGCAUGUAUGGUCUCUUUAGAGUGCUAGGAUUGAAGCUAGUAUUCUAGAAUCUUCUUGUUGAAGGUAGGAGGAGCCUGUUAUGGUAUCCAUUAUGACCUCACAUCCCCCUUGGAACUUUGGCCAUGCUGCACUUUACACACUAGAUCUUUGGAAACUCUCAAUGCUAAAAAAAAACUGCUACAUGCUAAAGGUCCGUUACUCGCCCUUUAAUAGCCAAUUAUGUCCUGUAGUUUAAAGAUUGUAUUAAAAUGGAAGUUUAUAAUGGGCUGGUGGUUGGGUGAGACAGUAUGUAUGUCCUAACCUUGCUGUGAUGUCCCUCCCAAACAUUGAAAUGUGAACGUCACUACAUUUCAAAUUCUGUUGAUUUCAUUUGGGGUGGGUGGGAUUUGGAGAUCUCUAUAAAUGCUAUGACUGGGUGUAUUUGUACAUUUGUUUGUAAUUUAUUUACAAUAUUUCUAUUUUUUUUCCCCUCUUUUUUUUUUUUUCAAAAGAGUUAUCUAUGGCAUUUGUAAAACAAAUGAAGAGAUGUAUACUAUAAUGACAUGAAUAUGUGUAUAUUUCUUAUGUUUGAGAUCUUUUGUUUAGUUUCUUACGUGCUGAAGUUAUUUUUUCAGAAAUAACAAUAUAUAUAUGAAUGACAUAUAUAUGAUGAA